UCAAUCAACAGCCCUACUCUCAUCGUCUGAAAAGCCAGAGGCCAAGAAAAAUCGAGCUUCCAGCAUGGACGCGGCCGAAGACCGCGAGGUCAAGCUCCAGCGCGCCUCCGGCGACCUCGUCAAGGAGUUCUCCGCCAAACUACCCUCCUUGCUGUGGAAGUCCGGCCCGAAGCACAACAGCCGAGUCCCACGCCGCUGGACCCCGGCGGCCAAGACGGAGAGACUCGUUGCGUUGCUGGAACCCUUCCAAGAAUGGCCCCAACUCCUGGACCCGCACCUGCAAUCCCUCCUCCCGCCCCUGGUGGACGCCUUCCUGGCCUACCUGCUCAAGUACCGUGAGGAGUACGCUGGUGCUGGUGCUGUUGCUAAUGCUGAUGCUACUGCGGCUGCCCCGCGCGAUUCUGCGGUGCAUCAACACUCCGCGUACCCGCUCCCCCGCGCGAUCAGCCGCCUCCUCUACACCUUCUGCAAGGUGCGGGGCGUGAAAGUCAUCAGCCGGUUCUUGAAUAAUGAGCCGAAGUAUCUGGAUCCGUUGCUGCGGGCGUUCAUUGCCUGGGAUGCGGAUGCUGCUGAUCAGACUGAGGCGCGGCCGUGGGAUGUGCCCCGGAGGAUGGUGUGGGAGGAGCGCUAUGUUAUGCUGAUGUGGUUGGCGCAUUUGUUGCUGGCGCCGUUUGAUUUGGCGUUUUUGUCGUCGGAGGAUUUGGUUGUGCCGUUUGGGAAUCUCCAGCAGGUGGCGGCAGGGACAGAGCAAACACCCAGGCUGGCCAGGGCGCUGCUUUCGCUGGCGUUGGAGUAUGUGCAUGUGGCUGGGAAGGAGCGCGAGGCUGCCACGGUGUUGUUGGCGCGGUUGGUUCUCCGGCGGGAUAUGCAGGCGUUGGGGCUUUUGGGGGCGCUGGUGAAGUGGGCUUUUGGGGUUUUGCUGCCUGCUGCUGCUGCUGCUGCUGGAAGUACGGAUUCUACGACUACUCCUAUGUCGGUCUAUACGUGUAUCGGCGUGUUGUCGUUUCUGGCCCGCUUGGCCGCGUCCGCCCAGGUGGAGGACUUUGCCCCCUUGAUUAUGCCCGUCUUUCAGCAGACGCUGCGCAUCGUGCAGGGCACCUCGGAGGUGUCGCAGGUCAUUCGGUCGUCGGCGUCGGCGAGGAAGAUUGUCAUCAAGAUCCUGCGCGCGCUGACGGUCAUGGCGCUGGCAGCCGGCGAGCGGGCAACCUGUGCACUGACCGAGGAUGAGGUCUCGAGUAUCCUGGAGGACUCCAUCGAUCACUUCCUCGUCUCGCUGGCGGAUAAGGACACCCCCGUUCGCUUUGCGGCCAGCAAGGCGCUGAGUAUCAUCACCCUCAAGCUGCACCCGGAGAUGGCGGCCGAGGUCAUCGAGGCGGUCACCGGCUCGCUGGAAGAGAACAUCCUGUACCAGAAGCCGGACGGCGCCAUCGUGACCCUCCUCGAGGCCCGUCGCAUCGGCAUGAGCAGCCUCAAACGCAACCUAAGUGCCGUUGACGCCCAACGAUGGCAGGGCCUGGUCCUCACCCUGGGCCACCUGCUCUUCCGUCGCGCGCCCCCCACCACCCAGCUGCCCGCCGUGCUGCAGCCGCUGGUCUCGGGGCUGGACUUCGAGCAGCGAUCCUCGACGGGCAGCUCGGUGGGCACCGGCGUUCGCGACGCCGCCUGUUUCGGCAUCUGGGCGCUGUCGCGGAAGUACACCACCCAGGAGCUCCUCGCUCUGACGACACAAACCACCAUCAGUACUCCCAGUGUCCAGGGAGAGCAGAACACCACCACCUUGCAGAUGCUGGCGAUUGAGUUGGUCUGCGCGGCCUGCGUGGACCCCUCGGGCAAUAUCCGGCGGGGCGCCUCGGCGGCCUUGCAGGAGCUGAUCGGCCGUCAUCCGAACACGAUCGCGGAGGGCAUCCCGCUGGUCCAGGUGGUGGACUACCAUGCGGUCGCGCGACGCUCGAGGGCGAUGAAUGAGAUCGCGGGCGCCACGGCCGCGCUGAGCCAUCACUACUGGAGUCCGCUGGUGGAGGCUCUGAUGCAGUGGCGUGGAAUCGGCUCGCCCGACGCCGAGUCGAGACGGCAAGCUGCGCGGGCUAUUGGAGGGUUGAGCGCCCAGGGCUCCUACCGGACGAUGCAGCAGGUGCUGGAGCGGUUGCUCGCGCGACUCCAGGGGAUUCCGCACGGUGAGGUGGAGACGAGACACGGUUGUUUCCUGGCCAUUGCCGCCACGGUCGAUGCGUUCCACGACCAGCGGGCGAAGACUAAGACAGGCAGUGAAGCGGUGGCCGUCGCCGGUCUGUUGGAUCGGGUCUGGGGUGUGUUCGAUUCGCCUCUCGGACCGACGAGGGAUGACCUGACGCUGCAGAGCUGGCGGCCCGAGCUGACUGCCGAAGCGUCGGCGUGUCUGAUCUACUCGCUCUCGCGAGCGACGUCCUCCCAAGCCGAGCCACGGCCCCCACCACCGUCUGCCACCGUCUUGGACAAGGCCCGCGAGGUGCUUCUGCUGUGCAUAUCGCGGAGCGAGGAUAUCUCGAUCGAGACGUCCUCGCAAGCCAUCUCGGAGCUGUGGCCUCUGCUGUCGUCGGAGACGCAGAGGGGGAUCCUGGAGGCGUGGUUCUCCCAUCUCAGCACCACCUGGAACCUGCCCACCGGACGCGGUCAGAUCGCUGCGUUGGGGGCGGUGUUCAGACGGCUGCCGCCGGACAGUCCCCUGCGGAAGUCGGUGAUUGAGAAUUUGGUCCGGUGUGCUGAGAAGGAGGAGCUGAUCGAGAAGCGGGUCUCGGCUGUGAAGAGCCUGACGAGCGGUAUUCUGCCGCAUAUUGACAUCACGGACAGUCUGGUGAACCACCUGGUCAGACUCUUGAACGAUUACACGACCGACCGCCGCGGCGACGUGGGCUCCCUGGUCCGCCUCGAGGCCAUCCAGGCCGCGGGCAUCAUCCUCCCCAAGAAUUCUAGCAGUAGUCGAGAUCAAUUCCGGGACAUUGUAGGCUGUCUCUGCCGCCUGGCGGCCGAGAAAUUGGACAAAGUCCGCAUCGCGGCCUGGCUCUGUUUGCAGAGUUUCUGGGAGACGGCCGAGGAGUUUCCCCCGCUGCUGAAUAAAUUCGACCACUUCAGCCACGUUUCGACGGCGGAAUACUUCCUCCAACUCCUGAGUCUCCAGCAAAUCCCCUGGCUGCGGACCCCCCUGUUCCAGGGUCUAGCGACCUCCGCGGUGGCAGGAAGCGAGGGACUCAUCCGUGCUAGUCGGGCAGCGCUGGUCAGGAGUUACUGUCUGCAGCAACAGGGAUACCUCCUCGCCCUCCUCACCGACCUCAGCAGAAUUCUGGCGACGAAUCUACAGGACGACCGCUACGCGAUCCCCGUGAUGGAGUUUGUGGGGUUUAUUCUCGAUGGUUUCGAGUUUCGGGAUUUUGGGGAUGUAGAUGGUGUUGGCUUGAGGGACGUCCUGAAGGAUCUCUUCGUGCUCAUCCAAAAAGCCCACUUCAAAUCCCCCAAUCUGGCCCGUCUGGAGGCCGCGGUCAGAGUCUACGCGCCGCUGUCGAGGGUUGCUGGGGAUGUUUCUGGGGUUGUGCCUGCCGCUGCGGGGGCGGUGCUGCAGAAGGAUGUUCGCAAGAAGAUGACGGGGUUGCUUUUGCAUCCUUUUCCGAGGGUCCGUUCCCUCACGGCGGAGUAUCUGUUCAUGGAGACCGGGGCGGAGGUGGUCAAGGUGGAGGACUGGACGCGGCCGAAUCGCGAGUUGAAGGGGGUGGUUGAGGUGGUGAGGGGGGUUGUUUUGUGAAUACUCAGAUCCGUCCGGGUUCCAGGUGUAAAUUAAGUGUUGGUUGGUGAUGAGGUUACACCCUUU